AUGAGCUUUGCGGCUACGUUCACCUGCGGCGCGUUCUACUGCGGCGACGACCGCGCCUGCAGCAUCUUGGAUCGCAACUGCACUGUCGGGUCCCGGGCAAUCAUCGACAACCCGAAUCUCGGCCCCAUGGUCUACCUUCCGACAUCCCUCAAAGCGCUGUCGGACGCUCACAACCGUCGCAAGUCCUCGCAAGAACGAUACAUUACACGGCCACCCGAGUACGCUUGGCCACCGUCGCUUUCGAGCCUGCGUGUGACCCGAACUUGGCUACCGAUGGACGCGCCGCUUCCACCGAGUCUCGGCGUCUUCGACUUUACCGCCUGUGCCUGGACAUCGGUCCCCGCCGCCUAUCCAUGGCCGACAAAUCUCACAAAUAUCCACCUGCGUGAUAGCAACCUUGAAGGCUUCUCGAGUCGGCAGCGCUGGCCCCUGACCCUCCAGAUCCUGGAUGUCUCGCUCAACAAGAUGGCAAGUCUCGAUGGCCUUUCCGCACAGCUUGCAACACUCAACGUGAGCGGCAACCUCCUCUCCAGCGUCACGAUUGGCACUUCGUACUGGGCCACAACCAUGAGUACCCACCUCUCGCGUGGUUGUGAGCUCUGUCUUUUGCCCGGUGCGUCCAACUUUUAUGGCAUCCGAGCUGCCAAUGAUGCCGAUACGUCAGGCGCCUACUCGGAGAAGACGUGGCAAGUCAUCGUGCUCGUCGAGUCCAUCAUGACCAUCGUCUUUAGCUGCAUUCUGCUCUUCGCUCACUGCUACCCGCGGUGUGCUCCGAAGCGUCUGCCCCCGCUCGUGCUGGACGAGCCGAUGGACGACGGCGCCCGCCUCGUGCCGCUGCGCCGUUACCGCUACAAGCGCCGACACAUCGCUGUCAAGCGUGUGCGCGCCGAUAUCGCGUCACCCGAGGUCCUCGACGCCUUUGUGCAAGACGUUGCGCUCAACGCCAUCUUGCACAACCCGAACAUCGUCGACUUUGUCGGCGUCUACUGGUCGCCCAAGGUCGGGCUCGCGUCGCUAGCGUGCCUCGUCGACGCGCACGACCCGACCACUCGACCAACGGCCGCCGACAUUCUCUUGGUGCUGGCGCGCCUCGCCCCGAUCAAGGUCCCGUCCGAGCACCUCCACGGGGUCUAUCGCCUGUAG